CGCUUCUGCCUCCAGCAAAUCCAGUUUGACUCGCACACUUCCACAGUUCCACUCCACUAACACAUGGCCGCCGCCGCUCUCCGUCUCCCCCUCUGCCAAUAUACUGCCGGCAAACAUCGCCACGAAACUCUUCCCGUUCAGCCUCUAAUUCACCACUCGCGCUUUCAUGCAUCGUACCGAUCGUCAUGUCCUCAGCUAGUUUGUUACCAGAAGCCGAAGCGAUUCGUAAUAUCAUCGGCUUAUGCAGGCCCCGCUAUUGACGCCUUUGUGUCCGAAAACGAGCUUAAAUUCGAAGAUACUGGAGAUGAUUUCUCUCCGUCGAAGCCGAAUGAAGUGAUUAAUUGGGGACUCUUAUGGAGGCUUGUUUCUGGCCACAAGACCCGCCUUGCCGCUUCCAUUCUCGCUCUUGUGGGCUGUACUACUUGCACUCUGACCAUGCCUCUCCUCUCUGGGCGAUUUUUUGAAGUACUUAUAGGGAACAGACCUGAGCCUAUUUGGAAAGUGCUCACCAGAGUUGCUGUUAUGUACUCACUGGAACCAAUUUUCACUGUGAUUUUUGUUUUGAACAUGAAUAACAUGUGGGAAAAGGUUAUGUCCAGUUUAAGAGCUCAAAUAUUUCAGAGAGUAUUGAUCCAAAAGGUUGAGUUCUUUGACCGCUACAAGGUUGGUGAACUGACGGCAUUAUUGACGUCUGAUUUAGGCUCAAUAAAGAAUAUUGUUAGUGAAAAUGUUUCCCGGGAUCGUGGCUUUAGAGCUUUGUCUGAGGCAAGCUACUAAUCUAAGCAAAAAUUAUUGGAACAUUGUGCUUAUUGUUUAUCCUGUCUCCCCAACUGGCACCAAUUCUUGGUGUAUUGAUGCUUAGCGUAUCUGCUUUAGUUGCCCUAUACAAGAGGUCGACAGUGAAUGUUUUCAAAGCUCAUGGAUUGGUUCAAGCAUCAAUUGCUGAUUGUGUGACAGAGACAUUUUCUGCCAUUCGUACUGUGCGGUCGUUCGGGGGAGAGAAACGUCAAAAGUCAAUGUUUGCACGCGAGAUUCUUGAGUAUGAGCGGAGUGGCAAAAAGCUUGGAAUUUUCAGAUCUGUUAAUGAGUCUGUAACCAGGAUUGCAGUAUAUGUCUCUCUGAUGACCUUAUAUUGUCUUGGAGGGAUCAAAGUAAAAUCUGGCGAACUAUCCGUCGGAACCAUGGCUUCUUUUAUUGGAUACACCUUUACCUUAACUUUUGCAGUUCAAGGGUUGGUCAAUACAUUCGGAGAUCUCCGUGCUGCUUUGGCCUCUGUUGAGAGGAUCAACUCUAUUUUGUCUGGAGCUGAAAUUGAUGAAGCCCUUGCAUAUGCCUUGGAAAAAGACUUGAAACAGAAGAAAGCAUAUGAUCCAAAUAUUGAACUAUUUGCUAUUGAUGGUUCUGAUGGAAAGCAAUUUAGAAACUUAAGAUACAUGUCAUCCCUAAAGUCAGGUAGUGAUUUGCGAAGCCUUGCCCAAUCUGGUGACAUUUGCAUCGAAGAUGUACAUUUUUCAUAUCCAGUGCGGCCUGAUGUGGAAAUCAUCAGUGGUCUUAAUUUGGCACUAAAAUGUGGGAAGGUGACUGCCCUAGUGGGGCCCAGUGGUGCUGGUAAAAGUACUAUAGUACAGCUACUAGCACGUUUCUAUGAGCCAACAAGGGGUAGGAUUACUGUUGCAGGAGAUGAUUUGAGAACAUUUGAUAAGACUGAAUGGGCCCGUGCUGUAUCCCUUGUGAAUCAAGAACCUGUUCUUUUUUCUGUAUCUGUCGGAGAGAAUAUUGCAUAUGGGCUCCCAGAUGAUGAAGUAUCGAAGGAUGAUGUCAUAAAGGCAGCAAAAGCUGCAAAUGCUCAUGAAUUUAUAGUUUCCUUGCCGCAGGGGUAUGAUACAUUGGUUGGUGAGCGUGGAGGAUUGUUGAGUGGUGGACAGCGGCAGAGGAUUGCCAUUGCCAGAGCUCUGCUAAAGAAUGCCCCUAUCCUCAUUCUCGAUGAGGCAACUAGUGCAUUGGAUACAGUGAGCGAGCGUUUAGUGCAGGAUGCAUUGAAGCAUUUGAUGAAGGGAAGAACAACUUUAGUGAUUGCACACAGAUUGAGCACUGUUCAGAAUGCAGAUCAAAUUGCUCUUCUUUCUGAUGGAAAAAUUGCAGAGCUGGGGACUCAUUUUGAAUUGUUGGAUAAGAAGGGUCAAUAUGCCUCUUUUGUUGGCUCUCAGAGACUUGCUUUUGAGUGAUUUUACUUGUUUGUAUUUGUACAUCUGCUUCCUGAAAAAGCCUCAUAGACAUUCUUGACCCUUUGCAUGUUACAAAGAAACCAAAUGACUUCCGUUAAUUCGUCACUUUUUUUUUUUUUUUUUUGCAAUAUUUUUUAUUAUUAUAAUUCACUGAACUGUAGUGCUCUAAAAAAGCCCACAGGCAGAUUCCUGGGGCACUCUACCUGAUAGUGAC